GGAAGUGUGAUUUGAGAGAAUGGGAAUCAAACAAAAUGAGGUGGAUCCCAUCCACACUCAUUUGCUCAUUUAGACAAAAGAACACCCCCUCACCCCUCUCCCUCAUUUUCCUGCGGCCAACCUUCACCCACCAAGAGCAAAGAAACUCUCCACCUUCCCUCUCCAUUGUUGAAGAAAGCUCCAACAAGAAGGAAGCUCUAGGAAAAAGUUUAAGCUCCAAAAGUGUACAAAAACUUGAGGAAAGGCUAGGAGCUUGAUUUAGAGUAUCUUUGAGCUUCGCCGGAGUUUCGCCGGAGUUGGUCAAAGUUGGCCGGAGUUGGUCAAAGUUCGCCAAAGUUCAACCGGGAAGUGUAGAACGCGCUUAAGCUCACUUAAGUUUCAGGUAGAGAGUAGAGCUCGUUGAAACCGCCCGUUGCUUCGGAGAAGUCAAAAGAAGAAGAAGAAGUGGUUCGUGCUUCUUCUGUUUCUGUUUGAAAAUAAAUUAAAUAAUGCUCAUGGAUAUUAUUUCAAAUAUAUAUAUUUGGGGGCUUGUAUGCCCGUGGUUGCCACGUGUGGCUUGAGUGUUUGUAAUGAUGUUUCCGCUGCUUUAUUAAACAUUUUACGUUAUGAUUGUUUAUGGAUGUACUAUGUGUGAAUGGUAUUCAAGACGCCUAGUAUAGUAUGGACGAGUUGGACUGCGGUUGACUAUUCGUACUGUACGGCGGGUUGUUGACGUGUCCGGUAGGUCCGGGGCGUGACAAUUUAAUUGGUAUCAGAGCCUUAGUCCGUAAACUUCAUAAUGAAGCUUCAAAAUUCCUUUUGAAAAAGAAUUUGAAAACCAUGAGCAUAAAGUUUUGUACUUAUAGAACUUUUGGUACUUGAGUUGCAAAGUCUCUAAUUGUUAAGAUGGUACCCUUAACAAUUGGCAUGGCGGUGAUUUGAGCCAAGAGAUGUCCUUAAGUACCUAUCCGUCACUUGACAUUUGAUACGAGUCUAACGGCCCAUUCUAAACUUCUUUCAGAAAUGGAGCCAAUUGGAAGGAUCACUAGGAGGAACCCGACGGGCCGUGUACCGGGUGGGUCCGAACGCGGCAGCCGGGGGUCCACUAGGGUGUCCAGGGGAAGGGGCCGUGGAGGCCAACAACAAACCGUGAGCGAUGGCCACGUGGACACCGAGAGUGAGACUUAUUGGUCCUAUGAGGACUCAACCUAUAGGCCGGAAACCGAGCCGGUGGAAACCCCAUAUGAUGGGGAAGAUGACGAUGUGAGUGAAGAGAGUGAAGACGAUGGCACUCUUGGGAGGAUCGAGGCGCUGCUCCAACAAUACCACCGGGAGCGCGAAGAGAGGAGACAACGCCGAAGGCGCCGAACGGGGCAACCUUCGGGCAUGGCUUCGAGAGGAGGAAGCCAAGGUGCUUCUAGAGUCCAUGUUGAACCACAUGGAGGCCAAGAUGUGGGAGGUCCAACCAUAAGGAUCUCCAAAUUUAUCAAAGAAGCACGAGAUUUGGGAUGUAAACCGUUUGAUGGAACGGGAGACAUCUCCGUUGCAGCCGAAUGGAUCAAAAGAUUCAACGAGGCGGCCCUUGACAUGCAGCUGCCACCCAUCAUGAAAUUGAGGGUGGCAACAAGAUUGCUCGAAGGCAUGGCGUCCACGUGGUGGGACGGGGUCAAAGGAAAAUACGGCGAAGCCGUCACAUGGGAGAACUUUCGGCAGGAGUUCUUCAACCAAUACUACUCCGACUUCGAGGUAAACAUGAAGAGGAGGGAGUAUACGAACUUGACACAGGGAGGCGCAUGUACGGUGAAGGAACUUGAGCACAAGUUCAGAAAGCUUGCCGAAUUCAUACCGGAGUACAUAUGUGAUGAGAACCGGAUGGUGAACCACUUCUGGGAUGCCUUAGACCUUGACAUACGCGAGAGGGCAACACAAUUGCCUAAUAUGACGUUUAGUCAAGUGGUUGAACAGGGCCUGAAGGGAGAGAAGGAGUGGGAGGAAAGGAAACGGAGGAACGCCGAGGAGGCGAAGAAGAGGAAGUGGGAAAGCCAUGGCCCACAAGGUUCUAACAAAAAGGGGAACCACGGGGGAGGAGGAUCGUUCAGGACACCGGCGCCGCCAUCCAAGGGAAGCUCGGCUUUCGGCGGGCACAACUCGGGCUCACAAGCCUCGACAGCGCCCAGGUGCCGAAAUUGCAACAGGAGCCACGCCGGUAAGUGUCGUGACCCUCCUCGGUGCUACCAAUGUGGAGACACGGGGCAUCUUAAACCAAAUUGCCCUCAACUUGGUGGAAACCGAGGGGCGGGAUCAAGCGGCGCUACUACGGCAAGUAGGAGUCGGACCGGAGCACCCCACGCUAGUACGGGGCAGGGGGGAGCGAGCGCCAGCAACGCGCCGUCCGUGAAUCAAGGAAGGACGCAAGCUAGAGUCUACGCAAUGACCGAGGCCGAUGCUCGGGCCAAUCCCGACUCCGUUGCAGGAGCUUGAUUUAGAGUAUCUUUGAGCUUCGCCGGAGUUUCGCCGGAGUUGGUCAAAGUUGGCCGGAGUUGGUCAAAGUUCGCCAAAGUUCAACCGGGAAGUGUAGAACGCGCUUAAGCUCACUUAAGUUUCAGGUAGAGAGUAGAGCUCGUUGAAACCGCCCGUUGCUUCGGAGAAGUCAAAAGAAGAAGAAGAAGUGGUUCGUGCUUCUUCUGUUUCUGUUUGAAAAUAAAUUAAAUAAUGCUCAUGGAUAUUAUUUCAAAUAUAUAUAUUUGGGGGCUUGUAUGCCCGUGGUUGCCACGUGUGGCUUGAGUGUUUGUAAUGAUGUUUCCGCUGCUUUAUUAAACAUUUUACGUUAUGAUU